AUGAAUGUAAAAGCAAACCCAUUUUCUCUUCUUUCUCGCUCUCAAAGUUAUUUCCGUUAUACUACUAAUUUAUAUCAAGUUCGUUGUUUACAAUCCAUUGCAUUAAGACGUGAAGAUAAAAGUCACUGGGAACGUCGGGUGGCUUUAACACCUGAUACAGUUUCUAGAUUAAUAAAAGAAACUGGUGUUAGAAUAUAUGUUCAACCAUGCAACAAACGAGUAUUUAACGAUAAUAAAUUUAGAAAUGCCGGAGCAAUUGUUCAAGAAGAUAUUUCAAAUGCCGACGUUAUUUUGGGAAUUAAAGAAGUUCCAGCAGAACAUUUGAUCCCGAAUAAAACUUAUAUAUUUUUUUCGCAUACUCAUAAAGGCCAAUUAUAUAAUAUGCCUAUGUUACAAGAUGUACUUGAUAAGAAAAUUAGGUUAAUUGAUUAUGAAUUAAUGACUGACUCACAAAAACGACGUUUGGUUCUAUUUGGAACGCAUGCUGGUUAUGCUGGAAUGAUCGAUGGACUUCACGGUUUGGGACGAAGGCUACUAGGCUUGGGCUAUAAUACUCCGUUUAUGCAUAUUGCUAUGUCUCAUACAUAUAAAUCUCUAGACUCGGCAAAAUCCACCGUUAAAGAUAUAGGUGCUACAAUUGCUGAUGAAGGCCUUCCAAAUGAUUUUAGUCCUAUGACUUUUGUCUUUACUGGAACUGGAAACGUUUCUAAUGGCGUGCAACAAAUAUUCAAAUGCCUGCCGCAUGAAUAUAUUGAAGUAAAAGAUUUGAAAGAAUGUGUCAUGACGCCUCACAAAUUUAGUAACCAUAAAGUAUACGGUUGUCAAGUGUAUCUUCAAGACUAUUUAAUUCGAACAGAUACUGGAAAAUUUGACACAAAACGUCAUUAUUAUGAAAACCCCAAAAAUUAUGAAUCAUUAUUUCAUACAAAGAUCGCUCCGUACACGUCGAUGCUUAUUCAUGGUUCCUAUUGGGAUUCGCGAUACCCUCGACUUAUUACCAAGGAACAACUUCGCGAGAUACAGGAAAAUUCUAAUAAUCGCAGAUUGUUGUGCAUCGCUGAUAUAAGCUGCGAUAUUGAAGGUGCUUUAGAAUUUUCCCACUCAACGACCAUUGAUGAUCCAUUCUUUUAUUUUGAUGCUGUCAAAGAAGUGGAACAUAAAAAAGAUGAAGGUGAAGGAACACAAAUCAUGCCUGUAGACAUUCUGCCUACAGAAAUUCCUCUUGAAAGUAGUGAGCAUUUCAGCAGAUCACUCUAUCCAUUUAUGAAAGACUUGAUCAAUGGAACUAUUGACAACAGUCCAGUACUCUCUAACGCUACUAUCGCAAAGGAUGGUCAGCUUAUGGGUGUGCACACUAAAUUAUAUGAAUUUUUACUAAGAAAUAAUAUAUCUCAAAUUCAAGAAAUGGAAAUUACUUCAUCUUUUUCCAAUAAGCCGAACUAA